UAGAAGGCCCUUCCCCAGCUGAAGAGGCGCAAUUGUCGGCUUCUCCCUGGUUAAGUCUGUCUCAAUGGAAGCCUUUCCAGGCAACUCCAGCCCUUCCGAAGCCCGGCACCGGCCCAAAGGAUGCUACGACGGGGAGCUGCUCGACCUUUUCGGGGUCCUGAUCCAAGCACUGCUGGCUGUGGUCGCCUUCAGCACCCUCAUGCUGAAACGGUUUAAGGAACCUAAAGAAGAGAGACGGCCCUGGAGAAUAUGGUUUUAUGAUACCUCAAAGCAAGCCAUAGGAGCUGCGUUCAUCCACUUUGCCAACGUCUUCCUGUCUGACCUUGCGGAAGAAGAUCCAUGCUCUCUCUACCUGAUUAAUUUCCUCUUGGAUGCCACUUUGGGAAUGCUGGUAAUCUGGAUUGGUGUGAAGGUGGUGUCCUGGAUUGUGGAGAUGCGGAACUACUCGCUUCUUGUCUUUGGAGAGUAUGGUGAUCCUCCAAAGGCAGCUGCUUGGAUCGGCCAAUGUGGCCUUUAUCUGCUCAUAAUGGUCUUUGAGAAAGUGACAAUUGGCCUUGUCCUCUCCAUGCCUGGCUGGACAAAGCUUCAGGAAAUCCUUUUGGACUUCAUCCCCGACCCUCAGCUGGAGCUGGUAUUGGUGAUGCUUGUGGUGCCUUUUGUUGUCAAUGCCAUUAUGUUCUGGGUGGUGGACAGCUUGAUCAUGAAGAAAUACAAGCAGGUGGAGACCAUUGAUAUCAGUGAAGUGAAGACAGUCUUGAAAGAAAGGAUGAAGGAUGAAGAGUACCAGAUACUACUUCCACCAACCUUGGAUUUUGACCAGUCUGGAAGCAACUUGGAUGUGUCAGGCUCUCCCUUGCAAGGGAAGAGUCCCCAGAUGAGGCAGGAGGGCCAUUCGGUGGCAGUUUAAUGAGGAUUUACGUCCAGAGCCAAAAGGAGAAGAAGAGUGCCAAAUGGAAAUGGUGUAGGAUGUUGAGGAACCAACACCCUGAAUUGAUCGCUAGGUGGCACCAAGCUACCAAAAUGUUUCUGCCGGAGUAUAUGUCCUUUGUAUGCAUUCUUGGGGUUUAAGCCUAUGGGUUUUGAUGGACGGAUUACAUUGCAAGGUUAUAUUUUGUUCCGCUGAGCUCAUUCACACAGGUUUUGAAAUCAUGUUGAGUGAUAAUAUUCUGCCUGGUCAGCCAAUUGUGGCUUUCUCUCUGUCUUUGGAUUCCAGCAUGAUUAAAAACCUUGCAUCUUAAUAUGAAUUGAGACAGUCGAACUUGUCCAAAAUGUAUAGAAAAGCACAGAUUGCUGAUAAACAAGGUUCCAAACAUGUAUUUAAAACAGCCGUAGGAGCUGAUCUGAUGUCUCGCUUUUCUACUCCUUUUUAUAAGUGGAAUAAAUAUUUGAUAUUUAAUGCA